CCGGCCGGCUCCGGGCCGCCGAGCGGGGUGAGCGCGCAGCCAGGCCGAAGCCCCAGCGUCGGCGCGGGCCUCUCCCUGCGGCCAUGGGGGUGUCCGCGCGCCUACUGCGCGCCGUGAUCAUGGGGGCGCCGGGCUCGGGCAAGGGCACCGUGUCGUCGCGCAUCACCCAACACUUCGAGCUGAAGCACCUCUCCAGCGGGGACCUGCUCCGAGACAACAUGCUUCGGGGCACAGAAAUUGGUGUGUUAGCCAAGACUUUCAUUGACCAAGGGAAGCUCAUCCCAGAUGAUGUCAUGACCCGGCUGGCCCUUCAUGAGCUGAAAAAUCUCACCCAAAACAGCUGGCUAUUGGAUGGUUUUCCAAGGACACUUCCACAGGCAGAAGCCCUGGAUAAAGCUUAUCAGAUAGACACAGUCAUUAAUCUGAAUGUGCCCUUUGAGGUCAUUAAGCACCGCCUCACUGCUCGCUGGAUUCAUCCAGCCAGCGGCCGAGUCUACAACAUGGAAUUCAACCCUCCCAAAACUGUGGGUAUUGAUGAUCUGACUGGUGAGCCUCUCAUUCAGCGCGAGGAUGACAGACCAGAGACGGUUGUCAAGAGACUGAAGGCUUACGAAGCCCAAACAAAGCCGGUCCUGGAAUACUACCAGAAAAAAGGGGUGUUGGAAACAUUCUCUGGAACAGAAACCAACAAGAUCUGGCCCCAUGUAUAUGCUUUCCUACAAACAAAAGUUCCACAAAUAAACCAGAAAGCAUCAGUUACUCCAUGAGGAAAAGUGCAUAUAACUAGUAAGAUGGGCAGAAGCUCCUUUUCCUAAGACUCAUGUAUGAAUCCUUUGAAAAUUAUAUUAAUUUCAUUAUAUUAAUUUCAUUUCUACUGAUUUUAUUCUGGAAAUUAAGGAUGUGCCAAAUGCGUAAGAUACCAAGAUUCAUCUUUUGAAAUCAUCUAGUGUGUUUUAUCCAGUUAUCUUCUAUGGGUGUGCAGUUCAGAAACAUCAGAGAUGUCUAAACUUUUGAAAAUUUAGAGCAUGAUUAAAAGAGCAGUUCGUAGUAAUUUAAUGUUUGUUCAGAAGAGUUUCCUUUUUUUUCUGGAAAAGUAAAAAAAAAAAAGAAAAAACUCCAUAUCAUUUGGGGAAGUAUCUGAUCAGAGGCUUUUGUGUAGACUGAUGCCAAAAGACAUCUCUAGCACUGUGAUACACGAUUUUUUGAGACACUGUGUUUAUAAAAUUCCAGAAAAAAAGCAACUGGAUUUACAGAUCAGUUGCAGGGUGCAAACUCACUGCUGCCUUUACACUAAGAAACUUACAAGCUAGCCAUAUAUGCUGUUUAUUUUGUUGUUAAACAUAUCUUCAGUUUACUCAGAAUUUUCAAUUCACCAUAAAAAUGUAUCAGUUAAUAUAUAGGAAAAUAUUAGUUUCCUAUGACUUGUUUGCUUUUGAAAAUACCUAUUUACUGAGGGAUAUGAUUUCUGUUAGAAACUGACAUUAUAAGUUCUUGAAAAGCACCAAAAUUGAAUUUUCAAUGGGAAAUAUAAUUAGUCUUAUGUUUUCAGAUGUUACUCAGGUUAAGAAAUGAGUCCUUUAGGUUCUACUCACCAAUUUCUCUUUUUGAUCAGAACGUAUGAUCUGCCUUGAUGAGUAAGAAAUUAAAGUACAAAAAAAAGAAUGAAAGAAAACCUGUGGCACUAGGCAAAGUAAGCAUGCUGUGUCAUUAGGAAAUAGAAAUUAAUAAGGUUUGCCUAGGGAAAAUUCCUUUGACAUAAAUAACAAUCAUAACUAGUAAACAGGUGUAGCAAUUAAAAGGAUUUACACGACAGGUUAAAAAAGACCAGGAAACUGAGUUUGCUGAAGGAAGAGUUCUUUAUUCCUAAUCAAAGUUGAAACCUGGUAGGGCUCCGUGCCAUCCUAUCUUAAGGGGAAAGAACUCGGCCAGUGAAUGUAAUUUGAGCAGCCAUUUUAAAAUCAAAAUGAUUUGAUUACUUAGUGGGGCAACAAGGAUGCCUGCUUAUGUGCUGUGGCCUGAAGGAAGAGUGUGGCAGUAUGAGAAGUGGAGGAGAAACCCGCUAUAUCUUCAGUGGCGUAUUUACUCUUACUUUACUUGGUGCUAAAUCAAAUGAAACAAGUCCUUGUACAAGCUGUUAUUAACUGCCUUUGAAAGUUUGGCCCAUUUUAUUCCAGGCACUUAAAAUACAACUGCCAGCAAGUGGUUCUUAUGUAUUUGUGGGAAAAAAACCUUACUUUCCUUUUUUUUGAUUUUUUAAAAUUCAGUGUUGAUCUUCCAGAGUAGGUCACAGCUUUAAAAAAA